CAAAUCAAAAUCAUGUGGCCCGUAACUUAAGGCCGUGCCCACCAAACAAUUAUACACACUACUCCUGUUGUGUUUUUUUUUUUAGCAUGCUCGCCGACAAAAAAAGAAUAAAAAUAAAUAAAGUAAGAAGGCUCUUCUUCUUCAUCGUCUUCGUUUCUUCAUCCUCGUCAACUCUUUUUUUUUAUAAAAAACAGAUCGAUUUGACUUUUUUUUCGGAGAAAAAAAAAAUGGCGUCGUGGAAUUCGAUUCCGCUGGAGAUCUUGUACGAGAUCGUUGGAUGGAUCGCUUUUGCUUCGUGGUCUUUUAGCUUUUACCCACAGCUUGUUUUAAAUUUCCGCAGAAAAAGUGUGGUUGGAUUAAACUUCGACUUCGCGAUGUUGAAUCUGACAAAGCACUCAUCGUAUAUGAUAUACAACGUCUCCCUCUACUUUAGCCCUGUUAUUCAGAAACAGUACUUUGAUACCUAUGGCGAUAAAGAGAUGAUACCUGUGGCUGCAAAUGAUGUUGCAUUCUCACUCCUCCAAACUUGCUACAGGUAUUGUGGUUGCUGUGUGGGCAUUCGCAGCCAUCUGUUUUUUCAUAGCAUUACCUACUCAGUCUUGGCUCUGGCUUAUCUCCCUCUUCAACUCGAUUCAAGUCGCCAUGACAUGCGUCAAGUACAUUCCACAGGCAAAGAUGAACUUUACUAGGAAGAGCACAGUUGGGUGGAGCAUCGGGAAUAUUCUUCUUGAUUUUGGUGGAGGAGUCGCUAACUAUCUGCAAAUGGUUGUACAAUCUAUUGACCAACAUUCUUGGGUGAAUUUUUAUGGGAACCUUGGAAAGACUCUUCUAUCACUUAUCACAAUAUUUUUUGAUCUCAUCUUCAUGCUUCAACACUAUGUGUUAUACCCAGAGAAGGAAGCCUCAAAAUCUCUGGAAAGUGGUCAGGAAUCAAACGAACCUCUCAUUUGACUCUUCUCAUGAACAUUUAAAAGAUCAGAGAAUCGAAGUCAUUAGUUUCAGCCUUCCCUCUGUAUAUGUUUAAUUCACAAGGAAGAACACCUGAAACUCGUAGUCUAUUUAUCCCAUGUAUUUGUCUUAGUAUCAUUUUCAUGUAUCAUUAUCAUAUAAACAAGGAAUGUAAACAAUACGACAAUGGUAAAUCUUGGUUUUUCUUUAUGGACGAGCCAAUCUGGCACCCAGUUGCUUA